GAUCUCUAGCUCUCUAUACCCGGAAGUGAUGUGCACCACUAAAUUUCAGAAACAAAGUUGGAGCCAAGACGUAAGACCGAACCUAACAAAGCUCGUUGAAUUUGAUCAGCAUUUAUGCAGUUGAGACUGGCCCAUUCAUGCAGUAAGACUUCCCAGAAUUAGAGUCAACGUAACAGCAGCCAUGAACGACAAGAAUAAGAAAAAGCUUUUGGAGAUCAUGAAACUACCAGGCAAUGAUGUCUGUGCGGACUGUAAUGCUCCGUUGGGUAAGGAACAUAAGACGACGCGAGAGGAUUCAGACUGGGGUGCUUACAACCUAGGUGUGUUCUUGUGUAUUCACUGUGCUACUGUACAUCGUAUGCUUGGUGUUCAGAUCAGUAAGACGAAGAGUAUUCCCCUUGAUCAAUGGAGUAAGGAUCAGCUCGCAUUUAUGGAAGCUCAUGGUAACCUGAAAGCGAAAGAACAAUUUGAGCAAUAUGUCCCAAAGUUCUACCGAAGACCAACAGAGAAAGAUUGCCAGGUUCUACGAGAGCAAUGGAUCCGUGCAAAGUAUGAGCGUCUUGAAUUCAUGGACUUAGACAAGCAGACUUAUCGGUCAGGAAAGAAGACUGGAUAUCUGUGGAAGAAAGGCAGAGAUGAUAACAGGUUUCAACAUAGACUCUUUGUCCUAUCAGAAGAUGAUAAUACACUCAAGUAUUAUAACAAGGAAAAUGCAAGGGAACCCAAGGCAACAAUAUUAUUGUCCGAGUUGAAUGCUGUUUUUACUCCAGAGAAAAUUGGUAAUCCUAAUGGCCUACAGUUGAGUUAUAUCAAGGAGAAUAUGACCAGGAAUAUCUACCUCUAUACCAAUGAUGGUAAAGAUAUAGUUGAUUGGUACAUGGCCAUUCGGCAUGCAAAGUUCAACAGACUGAAAGUAGCUUAUCCAGGGGCCUGUGAUGAAGAUCUGGCCCAACAGUUAACCAGAGACUUCUUAAAGGAAGGAUGGCUAAGCAAGACUGGUCCAAAAGGAAAUGAAGCAUACAAACGUCGAUGGUUCUCAUUAGAUGGCAGAUUAUUGAGUUAUUAUCAAGAUCCUUUGGAUGCAUUCCCUAAAGGUGAGGUGGUGCUAGGUACAAGAACAGAUGGGUUUACUGUAAGGGAAGGAGUACCACCAGGUCGUCUGGAUCAACUGUAUAGUUUCACCCUGGUGACACCCACGCGCCAGUACUACCUGAGCGCAGACCUGCAGGAGGAAAGAAGGCAGUGGAUGGAAGUCCUCAUGAAAGUUAUUGACACUCCCCAAUCAAGACAAGAUAAAAUGCUAAUGAGCCUUGUCAACAAGGAGAAGUAGAAAAUUGAAACAAAGCUUGACACCACAACUCAUUUACAAACACAUGUUGUUGUCUUGUACAGUUUUAUUUUACCAUUGAAUUCUUUAAACCUUUUCUAUUAUUCAGAAAAAACAAAGAUUUGCUUUAUUUAUGUAUCAAAUGUUGUCCAUAUAGCAGUAUAAUGCAAUCUGUAUUUUUAGGUCAUUAUUUUAGAGGUAAAUGUGGUAAUUUUGCAUGAAAAUAUGGUUUUCUCAUAAUUUACCCAUCUUAACAUCCACUUCCGUACAAGAAUUGAAAUAAGACUCGAGUAAACUUGACUUCAUGCUCAGCAAUCAAAAGGUUGUUUAUCAAAACAUGCUCACCAUAUUAUUGCAUCACUAAUCGCAAAUAUUUUAGCCUCAUCAUAUAUGGCAUCUCUUCAUCUAUGGCACUUAUCUGUUGGCAUGUGAAUGAAUAAUUGUAAAUACAUUGCAUACAAUUUAUCAUAUUAUGGAAUUCUGGGUGAUUAUGAUUAACGAAUUGAUAGUGAGAGCAACCUCCACAUGGUAUAGCAUACAAUGUGAAUCAAAUUCUGACAUCUAUUGGGAAGAACUGUCAUUAAUGUAAAAAAAAAGACCUCCCAGAUACUGC